GGGCCGACAGCAGCCUCUGAACACCGCAGUGCAUGCUACCGCUCAGCCUGCUCCUCUGUUCGCCUUUCUUCCACAGCAGCGACGCCACGGAGGAAAACAGACGUCCUGUCUGUGAUUUUUACCCCAAACACCGGAGGACUGCCCGCGUCCUGACAAGUCCGCUCGCUCCCCUCCUGUCUGCCCGCAUUCUGCUCUGUCAGAGCCUGGAAAGGUCCGCUCUGGAGACCGCAUCGUGUUCAAUUAACGGGGAUAUGGGAGCAUUAAAGCCGUGCUGCCUUCAAUGCCGCAGUGUGUGCGGGGAUGCUCUGCAGGUGCGGUGUGUGGUGUAAAUAGGACAGAAUUCAGAAGAUAAAGUUGGCAGUUUCACAGCUGACUACUCACUGGAACGAAAGCCAGAAGAACUAUCGAUCCAGACCAGCUUCAAAGAACCAGGAAAGUCUGGUUUUUCCAGUCACAGACUUUCUGCAAGAUCAAAGGUGCAGCGGGGGCGAGGCUGCUCGCAGGUCAAAACAAACCUGACACCAUGGAUGUGGAUGAGGAAGAAAACAUGAGUUCAAGCAGCACAGACGUUAAGGAAAACCGAAACCUGGACAACGUGUCCUGCAAAGACGGGAUGGGAGUCGGUGAUCAGCUCCCCAAUGGAAGCGGCCAUGGCAGUCGAAAGCGCCCCUUAGAGGAGGGCAACAAUGGCCACGCACAUUCCAAGUUCCGAGCCAAGAAGCGCAAGAAAACACCUGGACCGGUGCUGCCUAAGAAUGCUCUGAUGCAGCUGAAUGAGAUCAAACCAGGUCUCCAGUACAAACUGCUGUCUCAGACUGGGCCGGUCCAUGCACCAGUGUUUGUCAUGACUGUGGAGGUCAAUGGGCAAAUGUUUGAGGGCAUGGGUCCAACCAAGAAGAAAGCUAAACUAAAUGCAGCUGAGAAAGCGCUGCGUUCCUUUGUUCAGUUUCCCAAUGCGUCUGAGGCUCACCUGGCCAUGGGCCGUACACUUACAGUGAAUACAGACUUUACAUCAGAUCAAGCGGACUUCCCUGACAUGCUCUUCAAUGGUUUUGAGACACCAGCUCCUCCUGAAGAAUCCUUCUAUCUAGGCUCCAACGGUACAAACUCACUAGGGGAGUAUCCAUUACCCACACCACCUGGCAGCAACCUUGUCCAGGCUCCGUUGCCCUCUCCAUCUGCAUUCAGCUCACCCUCCACUGGCAAAAACCCGGUCAUGAUCCUCAAUGAGCUCAGGCCAGGCCUCAAAUAUGACUUUGUCUCAGAGAGUGGUGAGAGUCACGCCAAGAAUUUUGUGAUGUCAGUAACUGUGGACUCAGAGACGUUUGAAGGCUCAGGGCGCAACAAAAAGCUGGCUAAAGCCCGGGCAGCACAGGCCGCCCUCUCUGCUCUCUUCAACAUGCAGCUAGACCAGACACCGUCCAGGCAACCCAUACCAAGAGAGGGGUUGCAACUUCACCUUCCCCAGGUUCUGGCUGACGCCGUCUCUCGCCUGGUGGUGGAUAAGUUCAGUGAGCUGACAGACAACUUCACCUCCCCUCAUGCACGAAGAAAAGUCCUGGCAGGAGUCGUCAUGACAACAGGGACUGAUGUGAAGGAAGCACAGGUCAUCUGUGUCUCCACGGGAACCAAGUGCAUCAACGGUGAGUACAUGAGUGACCGCGGCCUGGCACUAAACGACUGCCAUGCAGAGAUAAUCGCCCGACGCUCGCUCAUCAGGUACCUCUACACCCAGCUGGAGUUCUACCUCAGCAACAUAAAAGAGGACCAUCACAAGUCCAUAUUUGUGCCAUGUGACAAAGGAGGCUACAGGUUACAGGACAACGUUCAGUUUCACCUCUACAUCAGCACCUCGCCCUGCGGAGACGCCAGGAUUUUCUCUCCGCACGAAGCCGGAGUGGAAGAUCAGGGAGACCGGCACCCAAACCGCAAAGCAAGAGGCCAACUCAGGACCAAAAUAGAGUCAGGGGAGGGCACCAUUCCUGUACGGUCCAGUAACACCAUCCAGACCUGGGACGGUGUGCUUCAAGGAGAGAGGUUGCUCACCAUGUCCUGCAGUGACAAGAUCGCAAGGUGGAAUGUGGUGGGCAUCCAGGGCUCUUUAAUGAGCUACUUCACCGAGCCCAUCUACUUCUCCAGCAUCAUCCUCGGCAGCCUUUACCAUGCCGACCACCUCUCCAGGGCCAUGUACCAGCGCAUUGCAGAUAUCGAGGACCUGCCCCAGCAGUUCACCCUCAACAGGCCUCUACUCAGCGGUAUAAGCAACGCUGAGGCUAGACAGCCGGGCAAGGCGCCGAACUUCAGCGUGAAUUGGACUGUCGGCGAUCAGGCACUGGAGGUGAUCAACGCCACCACGGGGAAGGACGAUAUGGGCCGGCCUUCCAGACUCUGCAAACACGCCCUCUACAGCCGCUGGGUGCGCCUGCACUCGAAGCUGUCAUCCAUCCUGCGGAUCAAAGUGCCCAAGCCCAGCUCAUACCAUGAUGCCAAGCAGGCGGCCAUGGAGUACCACUCUGCUAAAAAGGCCCUCAUCAAGGCCUUCCACAAGGCUGGCCUGGGGGCCUGGGUCAAAAAGCCCAUCGAGCAAGACCAGUUCACCCUCAGCUCCUGAUUGAGUCCGGGGACCAAAUGGAGAGGGGGGGUUUCCCAAUGCACCAGCUCCUCCCGCCCUCCCUCCCUGACCCAGGCCGGAAAACUUAUCGAGCCCCUCAGUAACAUUUUAUUUCCGUCCCCAUGUGUGAGCUAUACAUGUGCACUUGUCACCUGCGUGGCUCCACGAACUCUCCAUAGCUCAUCAUUCCUCAGAGGACCUCCGCCUCAUCUUGUUUCUCAUUUUUGAUUUUUAAGCCUAUAAUUUUGGUUUUAAUUGUUUUCUGUUUUUAAACUGGAACCAUUGUUCUUUUUUUUUCAGUCACUUUGUUUUCAGGACAGAAAUGUUCCUCAUGCUGUAGGUGUGAAAAAGUGGCGAAAAUACAAUUUUUGUCUCUUUUCGCAAAAUGAGUGUAGCCUUUUUAGGGGAACAUGUAGCAUAGAAGAAAUAUUUUUUUUUUGUUGUUGUUGUUACUGACUAAUACCAAUGUGUAUGGACCUAAAGAUAAUUGCUAAAAUUAAAAACAGUGAUCUUUAAUUUAAUGAUUCAUAAAUCCUCAAGAUGUAAAUCUAGUUCAGAAAAGUGAAAAUAUUGUAGGUAUAACAUAUAAUGUGUGUUUCUCUGAUGCGUUCUUAGCCCCUUUUAUUAAAGGUGAAAAUGUUCUAAAACAAUGUCGCCCUGUUUGAUUGAUUCACAAUAAAACAAAUUCAGGACAGGUGUGACUGCAGCUUAGCACUCUCAAGUUAAUAUUUUGUGAUUUUCUUUUUCAUUCAUUUAUUCAUUCAUUUGUCCUCAAAGGUAUUUCCCAUCGCUGUCACUUCAUACUUGAAUAUCCGGGUGGGUCAUGUUGGAGUCCUCCCCCUCACCUGGGUCCCGGGACGAAGCUUUAGGAGGCGCUGCACGUUCUAUUAUUUUUUCCUUGAUUUAUUUGGUUUCCUUUUUGAAUCCAUGGCUUUGCAUGGAAACUGAACUGAGAGGCUUGCCGAGCAGAAAACAAGCGACGGAGAACUCUAUGCGUCAACGAUUUUUGAAUGAAUGCCAGCAACUUUCUCCACAGGCAGCUUUGAAUCUUUGUCUCUAUUUUCUACAUUUCUUGUGAUUAAUUGAAUGAUUUUUGGGGGGCUUCAAGAGAAGAGGGUUUUUUUUCUGUUUGUUUGUUUACUUUCUGUGUUCCCUUAUCAAAAAAGGAUAAAUGGGGAUGAAACUACUGAGAGAACAGUGACUGUACAACAAACUUCUCAGACUUCUUGUAUUUACACCACAGAGACCCCUGACAGCUGUCAGAUCAGAUAAUAGUAGAUGUCCUGUAGCACACAUAUGGUACAGUAUAUGAAGCUAGAUUCAAGAUAUGCCACAUUAAGCCCAUCUGUGGUGGCUGUGAUGCAAACAUGCAAUCUCCACAACGUUGUCCUUGGAAGCACCUUCACAGACCGUGCAUGAACAGACUCAGAAGCUGUAUGCUGAAACCUGAUGCCAGUAGUGUCCAACCAAAUGUACAGUUUUCCAGUUUGAUGUUCAGCCUCCUGUAUUAACGCCUCUCUGUGUAUUAACUCCUGUUCACCGUGAGUCAAUACUCUUCCAUGUUUUAAACUGGUCAAUGAAAACGCAUUUCUAAGAAACUUCAGUCAAUUCCUGUUUCCAGCUGUAGGAUGAAAAACACAGUUUGAGUGUGAAAUUUGUGUGUGCUCAGGUGUCUUUCAGCAUACUCAGUUAAAUUUUCACCAAAGAUGUAGAUUUUCACGUGUUUUUCCCCCAGUGUUAAUAACACCUGUUUUUUAAUGGCUUGCCAUUAUUCCGCCAUCAUCCCUUUACUGGCAGGUUGUUUUUUUUUUGUACUUGUGUUUUCUGCAAAAAAAAAAAGUAUAUUCCAUAUUGGGCAUAAAAGUCAGGCUUCUUUAGUGCAAAUGUAGCUGUCAGCGCCCACCGUGCAUUUUGUGACCUGCAAUCAUAACUGUUGCAAUAUACUUGUUCUGCGCAUAUAAGGAACAACAAAUGUGGCAAAUUCUCCCUCUGUGGAAACCUUUUGGAUCUCUCCUUUGUCAGUAGGAAUGUGAAGAUCUUAUUGUUCCUAUAUAUAAGUUUAUGAAUCACUGACUACAGCCAAUGUACAGCAUGGCACCAACACUUCCAGAGUCGACUUGAUUCAUUCCCAUUGUAGCAAGACAGAUACAGCAGGAAGAAAAAAAAAAGCAGCACUGUUACAUUUCUCCUCCACCAGCUGGCACUCGUGAUGUCAUCGAAGGUUGUCCAAUCCUCCUUGUUUUGAUUUAAUUUUCUAAGCCAUCAUUAGAAAAUCAAAGCUGUGUUCAAAAUGUUCACUCACUCAGACUGUGUGUGUACAAAACUGAAUGGUGCAGGUGGAGCCAGCGUUUUGGUGUUGCAACACUAAAUUCUGCUUUAAUGUGUUUAUUUGCAGGUAUAUUGCAUAAACAAGCACCAGCAGCAUACAUCACAUUAUAAAUAAAUGGUUUUUUUUAAACCUUAUACUAACAUAAUUCAUCAUCAUAAAAUUUGCACUAAGUCUUAUGUUACCAGUUUUACUUUCCGUGAAGUCAGGAAAGUCACAAAAAUCAACUGCGGACAAUAAGUGUCAGUAUGCAAACAUCAGCAUUAGUGUCUUUACUUUAUUAUCAUUCUUGGUCAGUCAAGGCAUUACAUUUUGUUUCAUGUACACUAUUUCUACUGUUUGGUAACGUUUUAUAUGUUGCUUUAUUUAUAAGAAAAGGAAAUCACUGGUGGAUGUUAGCUGCCCUGCAUGUUAAUGGUAGCAUGCUAACAUUAGCAUUACCAUGCUGAAUUGACUGAAGCUGAAAUACAGUAGAGCUGAUGUAGAUUCUCUACUUACACUGUAUGACAUUGAAUUGAAUUUCUAGUUGACCAUAGUUGAUGCUGUGUAAGCGUGUGUAAAAUAUUAGAAAGUCUUGAAAAUUCGAAGAUGCUUUUGUUACUAAACUCUUCAUAUUGGCAGUGGUUAAAAACUGGAAACACUGAGCUCAACAUGAACUUUUUAACAAAGCAGAGAAAACCAUUUGCUAAUGCAACUUUUAGUUUUUUUUUAGUUAUUCUUAACUGCGUAUGUUAAAUGUACAUCAUCACUAACAGUAACAUGCUAAAGACUGUAUGUUGGUGGCUUUAGAUGCACAUCAAAAAAUGCCUCCAUCUAUUUCUAUGAAACAACCUACUGCAGCAUCUGAACACAACAUAAAUGUAAAUGGCAAUAUGUUAUGGCAUUUUGUUCAAAAUGGAUAAGGGAAGAUUAAUUUUUGAGAUUGACAUAUUCUGAGAUACAUGACCAAUCAUAUUAUUACAAAGAUAAUUUAAAAUACAGAUAUAUCAUGUUAAUGUCAGCAUCAGUAUGUUAAUGUUCACAGCUACACAACUGUCAUAUAGUCUACAGUAGUGUAAAGAGUGUACUACCUCUUUACAAUACUUUUGCUAAGCCCUAUGAGAGUUUUCUUGUUCACCGUACAGUGGGUGUUAGCUUGCUAAAUUUAGCAUUACCAUUUUUAGGCCAUUCAAGUUAUUCUGGUUUUUUUUAAAAGUUAGUGUACCACCUCAACACUACUUUUUUGUACCAUCUGAGAACUUCUGAGUACACAAUUAAUGGUAGAUUUAGAGUCAUUGUUAUCUGUUUUCAAAGGCACUGAAUCCUAAUGUUAGCAUUAGCUCGCUCUGUUAGCUCAGGCUUAAUUUAAUCAUGGUCUAAUUUGAUGAUGCCAUGUAGCACCUCUGUAGACUAUCUUUACUGUACCAGGCAGUAGCUUUUUAGUACACUAUCUACAUAGUGGCUAGAAAACUAAUAAUUAGCUGAGGAUGUUAGAAUGCUAAUGUUAGCCUUAAUGGACUUUGUUAGCUCAGGUUGUAGGGCGUAGUGGUCUGUCUUUAACAAUGCAGUGAACUGUACAUUCAAGUAAACAGUAGAAAUUGUGCACAGGAGAUGAAAAUGACUGUAGUGUACUAAUGAAGAAAAAGUGACCAAUUUGAACACAGCUUUGAAGUUAGCUUUAUAGUAAAAAUGAAGAACAGUCUGAUUGAGUGAUCCCCUACAAUUUAACCCUAACUACAAUCCUAGCCAGUAGGCCUACUCCAUAUGCAAGUGUGACAGAUGUUUCUCUUCCUCUCUGUUUCUCCCAGUUCGUUCUGUUAAUGUUUUGAUUUUUACAAAGCUGUCUGAGGGUUUUUCUUUUUCGUAUAUGCCCCGUUAAGAUUGCCUGCUCCUAGAGUUUAGUUUUUUUUUUUUUGACUGCACUAAAGAUGUCAACUGAUGAUGUCAUGAUUUAAAAAGAAAAAAAAAAAAAGGAAAAAGUCUCCAUUUAUGGUUCGGAUGAAUUCAACUACUGGAGCAAGUAUGGAACUGCUUCCGCUUAACCCCCUCGUGAAUCCCUGAAGACGGUCAGUGCAACCCUUCCCCCUUCUUGGUGGGGUUAUGUUAUUUUGGUUCUGUUCAGUGAGCCCACAUUUGGAGGCUUUUGCUCUUUCUGGGUUCAGUUGUCCAAUGUGUGAAAUCCUCCACCAACUCAAACCACGACCUUGCAUGUUCUACCAACACUGAAGCUGCACCUAGCAUGAUGACAAACUUUUAAGGACAAUGUAGAAAAAACAGAUAUAGAUAGUUAUAUGAAAUCAAGAAAAAAAAAAGAAUAAAGAAGUUCUUAGUUUA